UUUGAUUGUAUACAAAAACAAAAACAAUAUUUCUAUUGCCAAUAAAUUCCAAUUAGAUUUUUUUUCAUUACGUCAAAACUACUACUCCCAUUUGUGAUUAAAAUUAACCUGCAUAAUGUCUUACAUGAAAAAUGGUUCGAUUCCCGAAUUCGAAGAUGUCGAUGAUAGUACAUUCCUUAAUCAUCCUCGACAAGGUUCGAAAGGCUAUAUUCUUUCUAACAACGAUCCAACAUCAUCGAUGGCUGAUAAACGAUUACAACUAUUAGAAGAACGUCGACGAAUUGAAGAACAAACAUUACAAUCAACAAAGAAUUCUUUGGGACUUAUCUAUGAAACCGAAAAAAUAGGCGUUCAUACUGCUGAAGAAUUAUUGCAUCAACGUGAACAGCUGGAUAAUGUCAAUGAAAAACUUGAUUCAAUUAAUUCAAUCAUGCGUAUGUCACAAAAACAUAUUACAUCGAUGAAAAGUAUGUUCGGAGGUUUUAAAAAUAUGUUCUCGAAAAAUCAGGACGCUAAAAAUCUGGCUCCAGUGAAAAAAUUGGCCUCAUCUGCCAGUGAUAAUAAACUUCAACAAACUUUGGAGAAUAUAUCACAAAAUACAUCGGUAAUCAACGAUAGUCGAAUCAAUCAUAAAUUCGAUGUUAAUGAUGAUAUAAACAACCGUAACAUGCCAGAUAAAACGAAAAAUCUAUCAUCAUAUGAGAUACGAUCGCAGGAAAUUGAUAAACAAUUGGAUGAUAAUCUUUCCGAAAUGGGACUUGGUAUUAGCCGUUUGAAAGAAUUGGCAUUAGGUUUGGGUACCGAAAUUGAUAGUCAAAAUAAAAUGCUCGAUACAAUUGCAACGAAAUCGGAAAAAGCACAGGAUACAGUAAGCAAUCAAAAUAGACAAAUGAAUCGUAUUCUUAAAGGAUAAAUUGAUUUAUGUCGAAUUGAUUUUAACAACAACAACAACCACAAAAAAAAUUUCUUUUUAUUUAAUUACAUAAUU